AUGGCUUUCAAAGUAGGUGACCGUGUGGAAUGCUGGACCAAGGAUGAGGGGUUUCUAGACUCUUAUUUCGUAGCAGACCUUCAGUCGAUCAGCGGCAAGAGGUGCAUCGUCAAGUAUGUCGAGUUGCUGACAGAAGAUGGGGACCGUCUGAUUGAGAAUUUGCCCCUGGAGCAGCUGCGUCCCUUGCCCCCUAAAAUCGACCGUUCAGGAGAGGACCCCAACUUCCUACCAGGGUCUUACAUUGAGGCAUACCACCAGGAUGGUUGGUGGAAGGGAGCAAUCCACAAGAAGGACUGGGUUGAUGGAGCAUGGAUAGUCAAAGGUGCCAAAGGGGCGCAAACGCCAGCACCCCCAGCCCCCCACAACAUCGUCCACCUGAAGCUGCCCUCUCCUCGCACCCCUGAGUCCCCCUCCCCCCGCGAUCGGACUCAGGGCAAGAACAACCCCCCGGCAGAAAGUGCAGCCUCUGAAGGUUUUGUCUUGGAUGAUGACGAAGAGGAGGAUGUCGACAUUGAAACCUCGUGGGGGGGGCCCGUUUUGGCGGCGGGGGGUGAAAGAAUUGCAGCCACACCCCGGCUGCCAAGCGACGAGGAGGGAACCGUUUCUGAUCGGGGGGGUUCACCAAGCGGGGGUGAAGUGGAGCGGUUGCCGAUCGGGGGUGCUGCGAGCAAACCGGAGCCAACAGGACAUGUGAGACCAGGCAAGAAGAAUGGAGCAGGGAUUCGGAGCGGAGCGACAGGUGGCGAUGUUACACCGGCACAGACUGGUACUACGUCGUCAGGAAAACGGAAGGGGACUGGCAGUGAGCAUGAAGGGAGUCCCAGUAGCAAGAAGCCGCGGAAAGGGCCGGCGCCAGCGAAGGGGAAGGGGGGAGCUGCCGAGAAGAAGAACUCAAGCAAAAGCGUGAGCAAGAAGAAGAAGCGGCCUACCGAUGCGGUUGGUGACGGCCAGUCGCAUGGGAACCGGGAGUCGGAGCCACUUGCAUUGGUUCCGUAUGUUGACGUAAGCGAGACUAGUUCAGAUCCUCGCUGCUACAAGGAGAGUAGCGAUCGGCAAAGCCAAGAGUGGACCAGAAAGACAAACGACGAUUCGCUUUGUCAAAAGCGGUCAAAGUCUUGUGGGCCGGGUUUCGGGGUGAGCCCCUUCGGAAAGAAUGUCAUCCAGCGGUGGGGCAGCAAACAGCGGUCGAUGCAUGACAUCUUGCGGCGCAGCAGCGUUGACUCGGCAAAAGGGAAUAGAGAUCCGUACGGUUUUGAAUGUGAGAUUGACAGGCAGAGGAGGGAAGCUCUCAGGAACACCCAGACGCAGCCGCAGGAGCGUCACCUGGCGGCCACGUCAUCGUGCCAGCUGGCACCUCAGCAGGAUUGGCACGAGGCGCCUCCCGAUCCCCGCGACCUGGCAUACCAGCAGGAAAGCAGUCCCACUCUUUGUUGGGAGAGCUGGGGCGCUCAGGAGUCAACGCAAGGGGAUGGAUUGGCCGAAUGGCACAACGAGCGGCCGUGCUUGCCAACCGAGCCGGAGUUUCGGGGCCGAGAAGACGGGUACAGUUUACCCUCAGCGCAGGCGGAGGUGCCGUUGGAGAGAUUCAGCUUUCGGGCGGCGUACGGGAGCAUACUGGAGGCGUUGCUGAGGAAGGACAUGCCUGGUUUCCGCCGUGAGUGCCUUCUGGCCGAGCUGCGGUCGGAGUUGCGCAUCUCCGAUCGGUGCCAUGAGAAGCAGUACCAACAUGCGCUCCGCCGAAUUGAAGGCCUUGCCGAUUGAGCUUCUAGAUGCCUGAACAGAAAGCAGCAGAGUGCUCGUUUACUGAUGAGAAAGUUGGUAGAGUAGCCUGGGCGGUUUAUGCGAAAAGUACUUGGGCUGCAUGCGUUGCGGAUGAGAGUACCGUACCGGCAUGGGAAUUCACCACCUUUUGGUGUGAAAACUUAAUUUCGUUCAUCCUGGAGCUUCACCGGGCGCGUUGAGUAUAUAUUUUUCAUUUCACAAAAGCGUUUUUUCUGGGUUUUCCACACUCGGAACAAGCCAGAAUGACCUUUUUCCAAAAAAUUGUGGUUUCACCAUAUCACAGUCGGGGUGAUCUUUGGUUUUAUUGUUUUCACACCGACCCCAAAAUAAUUAAUAAAAGUUGAAUUCCCAUGCCGGUACGGUAUGUUAUGUACAGGUACUAUUCGUGUUUCUUGAGGCCGGUCGCUGAAAGAUAAUAGUCAAAUAUGUAGAUUGGAUUCUUCAUUGGCACUUGGCUUGGUCAAUUCGAAUUCUUUAAUUGAGAUUAAAAGAAGAGGGAUGCGAUGUGAGCCGUAGUUGCAGAGCAGUGACAUCUGUGGAUCUUCAAGCAAGUAGAUUGUCACCAUUAUAUGGAAAGUCUGGCAAGAACGCAUCGUCAGAAAAGGCCUGGCGAUAUUAAGUGAAAGCGC